UGUCCCAAAUUCAUUCACUCAGAUUCCAAGAUGAACAUCCAUUAUAUAUAUAUAUAUAUAUCUAUAUAUCUAUAAGAACACCUCCUUUAAUCUCCUAGAAAUAAAUCUUCAACUCAUAGCUACAGAAAUUCAUUGACCAGUGAUUAAUUCACACACCAUUUGUGUUCAAGAAUUUUUAGCUUUGUUUGUGAUUAAUUUAGCGCUUUAGAGGCAUUUCAUCAAACAGAUGGGGAGCAUAAAUAAGAUCCAUGAAAGUGAUCUAAACUUGAAGGCAACUGAGCUCAGAUUAGGGUUACCUGGAACAGAUGAAACCGACAAAAUCAAUUCUGGUUGCAAGAACAACAACAACAACAACAAACGAGCCGCGCCGGAGGAGAGUGAAUCGAGCUCCAAUUCUGCUACCAAAUCAAUCGACCAUGGAACUGCCCCAGCCCCCAAGGCACAAAUUGUUGGAUGGCCGCCGGUGAAGAACAGCUUCCAGGCGAAGAAGGGCGAAUCGGAAUCGGGAAUGUAUGUGAAAGUGAGCAUGGAUGGAGCGCCUUACCUCAGGAAGAUCGAUCUGAAAAUUUACAGUGGUUAUCCCCAGCUCCUCAAAGCUUUGGAGACCAUGUUCAAGCUCACCAUAGGCGAAUACUCGGAAAGGGAAGGCUACAAAGGAUCGGAAUAUGCACCGGCAUACCAAGACAAAGAUGGCGACUUAAUGCUUGUUGGAGAUGUGCCGUGGGACAUGUUCAUGUCGUCGUGCCGGAGACUCCGAAUCAUGAAGGGACCGGAGGCUAGAGGGUUGGGCGGUUGUGUUCUAUGAGAAUACGUUCGAUAAUUAUUACAUUUGACGGGCCAAGAAGAAGAAGAGGACGAGGGAUCGUAUUUCUUGGAAUUAUAUGAUCAUAUAUGGUCUUCUUACAGCUUGGGCUGUCGAAGAAUCUAGAUUUCGAAAUUUAUUUGAGUUUGAGAGGUCUUACGGCUGCGGAAAAACAUAUAGAGUAAAUUUUAUAGGUUUCUUUAUACUAUUACAACAUGGAAUGAAGCCUUGGUGGUUUCGAGAUCAUGUAAUGUUCUAAGUGUUUUCACUUGUAUUGUAAUUUCAAUCCAUCGAACCAAAGUUAGACA